AUGAAGGUCAGAUUACCCAAUGUGGCCUGGACCAAUCAGGGCUAUCUGCUGGCGCUGAAGGUUGGCCUGGCCCCACCCAAUCUACAUGACCGCCACCAUCAUUCAAAUCUGCUCCACACACAUUGUUAUUUGAACGUUCACAGAAAACUACUAUCUCCUCCCUGCCCUCUGCAAGGCAGCUCCAGGGCACCCAUAACAGCGAGGCCACUGUUUUCAUCCUUCCAACCCUCGUUCGGGGCUUCCAAAGCUUAACAUCAUGUUUAUUACAUAACAACGAGACAUAAGCCAAAACAACUUGCUGCUGGGCUUUUAAAUAUAGCAGCAGCAAAAAAUCUUUUCUGGGCUUGAGGAAAACCACUUCAAAUGUCUCCUAAUUUCAGCAAUUUUCUGGUCUAUGGAAUAAAAAGUCUAAAAAUGGCUCUGAAGGUAUUUAAGUGCGCGCACAGCGAACCCACCACCCCGCUGUCAGACGGUGACGGUGACAGUGACGCAAGGGGCGGCACGUGGGGAGGGGAGCUGCAUGCUCUCGGCUGCUGGCACCGGCAGCGGCCUCUCCAGGGAUGCUGCCUGUGCGGUGAGCGCUCUCCAAGGAGAAAAAGGAAAAGUCUUGGACGUGGAACCCUUCAAAGUUGGCUCCAUGGUAACGUGACUCAGUGGCACAGAGCUUGUUCUUCCCUUUUGUUCCCUUUUCUGGUUGCGGGGACCCUUAGCAGUUGUGUUCAUCUGGAGGGCUCAGUUAGUGGUAAGCGUUCAAGAACCCAAAUCAAUCUGGCUUCAGAAUAGAGGAUUUCUUGGCUCCUGUGAUGGAUUGAAUGAAGGUUGUGCCAUGUCUCUUGACCUCCUCUGUGUUAGUUUUAUUCUGUGGCUCCGACUCCCCCUACAGGGAACCCCACCCUGAAUCGCUGAGCUACCCCGUGGGAAAAGGGUGCCUCUUUCCUCGACUCCGGCCAUCUACCCUAGGCCGACCGGUUGGGCUUGGGUCACAUGUCCUCCCCUUAAAUCAGUUCUGUGGCCGAGGACAUGGAACCCAUUGUUUGGCCAGGAUGGCCAAGAUGGGGUGCGUGUGCCCCUCCUACAGCAGGAGUAUGAGGUUGCAAGGACUGAGAGUGGGGGAAGGGCGGGUCCCAGAGGAACACCGGGUGCUGUGGCCAGGGAGGAGUGGACGCUGGGCAGGCCAGAACCACGGAUGUCUCUGGCUGCAGGCCCUACUCCAUGCGGGCUUUAGUUGGGAACGCCUGAGGCCCGGAGAGGCAGUGGGGAGCAGAAAUCUCUCCCCACCUCUAUGCUUCUUCACGUUCAUUCCUCUGAAUGUCCCCACGUCACCCAGGGCCCCAGCGGGCUGAAGUGGAGUCGAGGUGGAAGUGCACCGUGCAGGUUUUCUCUGUCCCGGGUUCUCUAACGUCUCUUUCGGCUCACAAGGGGGCGGGAAUUUCUGUGCCCCCUCCCUGUGUUGCUCUGAGAGUGGGCCGCCUUCCCCCACCACACGGGGAGUCCCAGGGCCACGUGAGGACUUCGUGUGGGAGGCCUGGCUUGCCGUGAGUGGGAGUCGUACGCAGCAAGAAGUGGGGAGGCUGCAGAACCCCGUGUCCCAGGCUUUUGGGGCCCACACUGCUCCUCCAGCUGUUGCUUCUCUCCAUGGGCUCACGGGGUUGCUCCGUCCCCACUCACGCUGUCAGAUCUGCCCCUAGGAGGGCCUCUCCGCACCCUCUGUGCACGUUCCCUGUGCACGUUUCAGGGGUGCCGUGACCCCUACUUUCUACCAGCUCUGGCCCAGGCCAGAAUGAACAAAAUCACCCCCUGAGUGUUCAAAGUGUACCCUCCACUCCCUUGGGCACAUUCUAUUUCUGCUUAGCUAGAGAGACUUCCCUAUUCCAUCAAAGGGUUAAAUGCUUUUUGGUGGGAAAGGCAGAUUUUCCCUAUACAAGACACAUGUUUGAAAACUGGGCUUUUAGCAGUUGGGUGUACUAGGUACAAAAGAAAAGUGCCAAUUAGUUUUGCUGAAUUUUAUUCAUGUUGGGGUUCAUCAUAAAACCACCCUAAUAUAUCCCAGUGCACCUUAGAUGUAACCUAGUGGGAUAAUGUAUUGAAUUCAUGAUGCUUAAAUCAUCGAUUUUAUAUUGAACAUGAGAAAUGUGAUUGAAUGAUUCAUUUAUGUAGCAAACCUGUACUGUUAAGUAUUUACUAAGUGUGUGGUACUGAGCCAAGAGAUACAGAGGUAUUUAACACUCAUUUCUUCUCCUCCAAAAGUUUACAAUCUACUAGAUGAAGCACGUGCCUAGCACAAAAAUAGCUAAAUACGGUUUUAUACCAGAGUCGGUCUGUUUCUUUUAAAAGACAGCUUACGCUAAGUUCACCUAACUGCUAGCUUGAGGGGGUUUUUACUGAAAUUAGCAGGGUUUAGCUCAGUUGUCUGGUAUAAAAAGGGCCACUCAGAAGCUCUGAAUAGCAGAAAAGAUUCCGGAGGGUGGGGAGGGAGCUGUGGCAUUGAAAGGAAUCCUUUCGCUUCACAGUGAAGUAGGAGCCUCUGACUGCUCUGAAGGAAGCCGCGAGAAACCCAGUGAGGAAAAUGACUAAAUCAGCCUUUUAACAGGGCAACAUGCAAGUGGAAAAGAAGCAGGGACAUCAGAGUAUCAAUGGCGCAUUCACUGUUUGGAGAUCCUAUUGGUGAGAAGAUAGUGCGGAGAAUGUGCCAUAUUAAGUCAGAACCAAUGGAUGUCUCACGUUGAGGUGGCCACGAUGAGGGGAUGUAUGCUGGGCAUCGACAGGGUCUGCCACGGCCACCAGGGAGACGUGGUCUCAAGGACGUGGGCCCUAAGUCUAAACAUCUCUGGAAAGAGCCCUGGUUGGCCUAUCUUGGGCCUCCAGUCACCCUUGGACCAGUCAGCUGGGACAUGGAGAAGGGUUAUGUUGUACGAAAUAGCUGGGAGUCUGUAGUGGCCGUGCCCAUGGGUUGGGCUCCAGGGAAGGUCACUGUAAGAAGGGUGUACUAACCGGGUGAGGUGGGGGGCUAAUCCUAGAAAAAGAGUGUCCAGUAUGCCUGACUUUAGCUAGAGAAAUUUCCAUAGCUCAACUUUAAUUUUUCUGUCACUCAGCACUGAGUUGCCCUUGUUGCUUCUAAGACUCUGACAUUAAGCCCCAGUUCUGAAAACCAUGGGCCAUGGAUUCGACAGCAAUGCCCACCUGGGCUGUUGGAACUGGGUGUGUUCUUCACCCUGCACCAUGUGCGUCCCCACUUCUGUAACGUGCCCCAGAACUCAGUCCUUCUAGAGUAGGACUCCUCGGGGACUACAGUCCUUCCCCUGAACCUGGGGGACUCCUCCGCUGGGGGACUCGCCUGAUGCCAACUACAGGACUCCCUGCCGCUGCUGGAUUCCCAGCUGCCGUGCCGUUAGCUCCCUGUCUGCCCCUUCCUGCCGCCCAGCUAUGACGCCUGCCUCGCAAAGGCUGCCUGCAAGGCACAGCCCCAUGUGAAGGAUUUACAGAGGUCUGUCCCAGGGAGAGAAAGAAAAGACUGAGAGAGUCAUGUUCCUGGAGGCAGCCGGCACCAAAAUUGUCAGGGAGAGCCGGGUGACCCCAAAAGAUCAUGUGGGGAGUUCUCAUACUUUUCAUGACAUCUCUCCAUACUCUUGGCAGAGGGAGUCUGAGCUGGCUGACGUGGGUGGGUGGAAUAAGAAAAGAGUGAAGACUUGACAGCUUCAAGCACCAGACAAACAAAAUCUCACUGUGAUUCUAUCCAUUACUGCGGAUCUUUGGCUAAUUUAUGAAAAUGCCUCAAAACCACAUGCAACAUGCAAAUCACAUGCAAACCGACACACUGCCUUCCAGUGCUUUCCAUUUUCCUGGACGGGACCCUUCAGAAACCUCCCUGGGGAGGGUCUCUGCCAUCUCCUCCCCUCCCCAGAGCAUUGUAGAGGGGGAAAAGGGCUACGAGUGAAGCUCGGCAGUAGGCUGACAGUGGGAGCCACUUCUCAGACCAUCAGAACCGCCUCCAAGGAUGUGGAAGGCCAGCUAAGCACUUUGAGGCUUGCCGGACUCCCGAGGCUGGCCUCCGAGCCACAGGCCACGGCACAGCCAUCGAGCCGCGACGCCAGAGUGGUGUGUCAGAGAAGUUUUCUCCUACUCUCUGGGGAAUAAAGAAAUGAUCAAAGCACCUGUUUUUUUAAAACUUCAGGGAUAUAAGGAGACCAUGAUCUCCAAGGUACGCAAGUCCUUGGUCUUUAGAAAGAAUCACUAGACUUUUUUAAAAGCUAACUCUCAUAGUUCAUAAUAAUAUAUUGUACACUUGCAAAUUGCAAAGAGAAUAGAUGGUACGUGUUCGCACCACACACACAAAAAAAGUGUGUGAGGUAAUGCAUAUGUUAAA